ACACACCAAUCUUGCAAUCUACUUCGAUUCGUGGUAAAAAAAAAGAAAGAAAGAAAAUCAGGUGAAAUCGCCACAACAAGUCGAAUCACAGAAGUGGAAACUAAUCGCAGCUUCGUCGACCAUUGCCUUUGUUAUACGAGCCCUGUUUUAAGCGUCGUUCUUUGAAGAUCUUCAAGUUUUUUUCCGGAAUAUGAAUUAUCAUUGUACAGGAUUUUGUUCGGUAACAUAAUGAUUCGUGGAGAAGUUGAGAUAGCAUCGAGAUCAUUAUUUUGAUUUGUGGGUGAAAAUCAGUGUUUCCGUCUUCUGAUGUGAGUCUCUUCAAUGCAACUUUAUCUAUAGUUAUCAUUCUUUGAACUGACAUUUCAACGUCGACCCUUCUUAGGGUUUGAAAACACACGAGAGCCGCCAAAGAAUAUACCUUUGCUCGUGAUCUCUUGUGCUUGGAGUACUUGCUGCGAUAGGAUAAUAGUAGUUUAAGUUUAAUUGACUAGACACCCACCGUGCACAACCUUCAGUAUGAGGUCCUCGGUCUCCUGUUGGUUCGCUCUCAUCUCCUUGCUCGGCUCUCUGAGAUCAUCGACGGCCGUGGUUGGAGGCGUGGUCGACUUCGAGUAUCACGACUACUCCAGUCUAUCCUUAUCGUUACAAAGGCUAAGAGCGGCACACCCCUCACUUACGAAUCUAUACACCAUUGGCCAAUCCGUGAAGGCACGAGAAUUAUGGGUACUUGCCAUAGCCGGGUCUGACGCUAAUAAACACGUGACUGGAAGACCAGAAGCGAAGUAUGUGGGCAACAUGCAUGGCGAUGAGGUAAUUGGACGAGAAAUGUUGCUUCAUUUCGCCGACUGGCUUCUAAUGGAAUAUGAGAGUGGAGAAAACAUAGAAGUGGCAAGGUUUCUAGACUCAACCAGACUUCAUAUUCUAGUUUCAAUGAACCCUGAUGGGUUUGAAGAUGCGAGAGAAAAUGAUAAUUGCAGAAGUUUUACCGGAAGGACAAACGACCUCGGCUUCGAUCUGAAUCGGAACUUUCCAGAUUAUUUCGAGAAGAAUAAAUAUGAGAUUCAAGUUGAGACACAGGCAAUCAUCGACUGGGUCGCUGGUUUACAAUUUGUACUAUCAGCUAACCUUCAUGGGGGCGCACUGGUUGCAAACUACCCGUACGAUAAUAUUGACCCGGACAUAAAGAAAGACAAUACAUCGAUAUACAGCCCCAGUCCUGAUGAUGAUAUUUACCGUUACCUAGCAACCGUGUAUUCGUAUAACCACCGGAAGAUGCACAUUCUCAAUGAAACCAAAUGUAAUGGCGGAUUUGCCGGAUUCGAAGAUGGCAUCACGAACGGAGCCGAGUGGUAUAUCGCAGUUGGCGGGAUGCAGGACUAUAAUUACAUUUUUGCUGGGUGUAUGGAAAUCACUUUGGAGAUCAGCUGCUGCAAGUAUCCUCUUGCUGCUGAGCUACCAGAAUACUGGGAAGACAAUAGAGCUGCUCUCAUGGAAUACAUCAAACAGGUCCAUAGAGGUGUAAAAGGAAUUGUUCGGAAUGAGGAAGGGAAUCCCUUGGAGGGUGCUGAAGUUAUGAUAGUUGGUCGAGAUAUACCCCACUAUACCACCUACGAGGGGGAGUUCUGGAGGAUACUACUCCCCGGCUCAUACGAAUUACAGGUUAGCAUGGAAGGCUACAUUACAUGGACGAGUUCGUUUCGAGUUGAUAACUACAUCUAUAACGUUAAAGAGCUGGAUGUCAACAUGGAAAGGGUAGAUGACGGCUCGGGAACGGCUCCGCCCAAGAUGCAGGCAUCCCUUGUCGCCAUGGUGAUGGCUUCGCUUCUCGGCUUAAUAUGGCACCUUUGACACCAUUAGGUAUAUGCUCGGGACGAUACUCACUCUCUGAUGACUGUGACGACAAAUUAGUUUUCAGCUGCAAAAUUAUCACCUUAAAAUGAUUGUCAUUAUGCGCGCGGACAUUAAAAAAAACAUAGCAAUUGGUCGACAUGGCGUGAAGGAAGAUUGCAGUGGUUGCGUCAAUGGAUAAUUAUUUUUGACAAUUCUGCCUUUCUGAUUGGACAAAAUUACCUCCGUAUCUUGUAUUUCUCUUAGCCUGGACUGUGUGAAUGAAUUAUUGUUGAUCUUAAUCGUUAAAGGAGUACUAAAGGCUCUCAUAUGAAAAUCAGCCAUGUUUCCUAUGUAAAAUUGCGAUUCAACUGAUUUGAGGUUGUCGAAACGAUACUUAUUUUGAGCUAUUAAGUAUCUUGUGUCCGGAAAUUAUUUCAAGCGGCGCCUGAUACUGUGAAAAUGACUUGAUUGUAUAGAGUCCAAGCGCUCAUAACUUAAACAAAUUACGCGGUAUAGUCAUGGAGCCACAAAAAGGGGGGGGGGGGCGGGGGCAAGCAGUGGGGUGAGAGAGGAGGGAAAAGGAAACAGAGGGAGGAAAGGGAAUACAAGGUAAGAAGAAUAAUACAUUGAAAGGUCUGGGCCUUUUCGCUCUAAAACGCCAUCCCAUUCAAAUAUCCUGUCGUCUCUUAUAAGCAUAUAAAUUUUCCUUGACGCAAGCUAAACGCAAACGUUCUGCCCCUUACAAUAAUGAUGACGCAGGCAGAUGAAAGUGCGCCGUUGUCAUCGACUGGGGAGCGCCUUAUUAACAUUAACAUCCGACAAGUCGACAGAUCUGACAACUUUUCCAUGAUUUUGAUUGGUUGAAAAGCACUGUUGCCAUGGAAACUGCCGGAUAAAACAGGACUUGUCGGUUAAAUCAUCCGACGUGCGGGUCAUUUUCAUUAAAACGAUCCCUUCCCCUGAUGACGCGAACCACUCUGAAUACGCUCCGGGAAUCAUAGUACUUUUUGUGUUCAACCGACAGUCGAUUUGGACUUAUUUUAAAUCCAUGACAUGUCUAUAGAGAGAGAGAGUGUGUACAACAAAAGUAGGAAGGAUAGAAGAGAUUUCAUGCAUUAGAAUUGAAACUUGAUUUAUGAAACGAAUGACGUUCUGUGCAUAAUGAUAUGGCGUGUAUAAUGACCUCUUACCUUGCCAAAUAUAAAGUUCGCCAAUAACAAUGAUCCAAAAUUUUUGUUUGAAAUAAAUCAAUUUAGCACUACGGUGUUUCAUAUUAGUAUACCGACUUAAUAUGAAUAUAAUUUUGACACAUUUUCAUCAAAAUGGUGCCGAGAUUGAGAUUUUUUCCAGAGUAUAAUGGAGUAAUUAUUUUAUUUUGAUAUACAUAUUAUAGUAUAGUCUAAUUGGGUGUUGCAAGAAAUUUGAGUUACAAUUGAUUGCAAAUCAAUUGCAAUAUGUUUUUAAUCGGAAGACCGAUGCUUAAUUUGGAGUUGCCCUCGAUUUGUGAUCAAUCAUCACAAGUUUCUUGCAACGCCCAAUUGCAGUAUUUCUUUUCUACAACUCCUCGCAUUUCUUCUUCAUAUUAUUUCACUAUCCACUCACCUCAUCUUUUUUAUAAUUCCAACAUCUUGUCUUUUUCUGACUGCCCCCCCCCCCUCUCUCUCUCUCUCUCCCGUUCACCCUCUCCCCUUUCCACUGGCGUAAAUCCCGGGGGGGAUGGGGGGGAUAUAUCCCCCCCACUUUUCGAGGAGGGGGGGAUGGCCUGUACAAACAUCCCCCCCACGUUUUACGAAAGAAAUGGAAAAAAAUCACAAGAGAUAAUUGUUUUAUUGGUGAAAAUUCUUCCAAAAAUACCGCUUAACAAAUAAAAUAAUAUUAUUGAAUCAUAAGAUACAAAUAAAGAGCCAGUUCACCAUUUCCAAACGAAAUACUUAUGUCCUUAUUAUAACAUUGAAGAGAAACCCCCGUUUCUUCCAAUUCAUCAAUGUUGGGGUCUUUGGGAAGGGAUUAAGAUGGAAUGUCAAAAAUUUGUUGAAUGUAAUCUCUAAUAAAACCAUUAAACCAUCAUGUGGUAAAAAAGAUAAUAAUAUUGGAGGGGUAUUUGUCAUAUGGACAUACAGUGGCGUAACUACGGGGGACAUGGGGGGCACAUCCCCCCCCCCCCCCCCCAUCGGCUGACAAAAAAAACGGGGAAAGGGGGGAAAGGAGAAAAGAGGGAGAAAGGAAGAGAAACGUAGUGGGAAAGAAGAAAAUAUCAUUCAUUAGAAUGUUAUAUUAUAUUAUAACUAUGUUAAGUUACAUUACAUAAGAAACAUUUUUAUCAUAACUUUAUGAAACAUAAAUUGCACAGGGCCUACGUCUUCAUUGUUCCUGGUGCUCGCAUUGUCUGUUUAACGAGAUAUAUAAUCCUGUUGUACUAAAACAUCCCGUUUUCAAGUCAAUAUAAACCAAAUAUAUUUCCUAGCACUUGAGUUAUCAUUGUUUUAUGUAGUGACAUAUGCUUCUUUUUCAUGACUCAAAAGUGAUUGCCCCAUGUUAAGGUCUUCGUAUAUAUGAAACAUUUCCUGUCCGUGAUUACGUUCGCAUUAGUGGAUUGGUGAGAUAUGUCUGCUCUUCAUGAAUUCCUAAAAUCAGUCCUUAAAAUGUCCCUUCUUCUGAUCUGAAUAUCAAAAAUUUUCAGCUCGCGCUUCGCGCUCGCACCAUUUGGUUAAUGAAAUACGUAUGGUCCUAGUUAAUUCCUACAAAGAAACCUUACAAUGCCCCACUUCAGAAGUUCAGGUCUGAAUUAUCUAAGUUUUCAGCUCGCGCUCGCAUUGUUAAGCGAGACAGGUACCUAUCAUGAUUACACAAAUUUGAUUAUAAUGUCCCUUUUUAGGUGUGAAAAUAAAAAAAAUUCAGCUCGCGCUUCGCGCUCGCAUUAUUUGAUCAGUGAGAUACAUAUCCGUUUAAUGACAUUGUCCUUAAAAUGCCUCUAUUAGGUCACUCACUCAGUCAUUCAAAAAUUUUGCUGGUGCCCCCCCCCCCCCCAAUGCCGUGACCCACGGUCGCCACUGUGGACAUAUCAAUGACAAUUCCUUGCAUAUCUAAAAACAUGAUUGCAAAAAAAUGCCAAAAUAUUUCAGUUAUCCCCCCCACCCAUCAACACGGAUUUACGCCAGUGCCCCUUUCUCUGCCUCGCUCUCUCACAUCAAUCAUAAAUUUGCGCAGUCUUUUAUCUUUAUCUUCAUAUUAGCGCAUUAAACGUCUUAAUUCUUUUUACUCAACGAUAUGACGAUGCACUGACUGACAGAUCCCACCAAUCAAUAUCGAAAAGAAUACACACUAAACAUGGUAAAGUUUGCUUGUAAAAAUAAAAUGCAUGUACAUGUAUAUGUUAUGAUUAUGGAUGUAAAUGGGAGGGGGUGCGUUUCAUGAAAGUUGUCAGCACUGACUUGUCCUCUUCAGUGAAAUUCUUGGUCUUGAUUGGCUGAGAGGCACUGGCCUCUGACUGUUUAACUGUCGGAGAAAGUCAACUUGUCAGAGCAGAAAACGUUCAUGAAACGCUCCCCGACUGCUUAUUUUAUCUUAUUGUAUAGCGUAUUGUGUUUACUCUGUUUUCGAUUGCUAAAAUAUACUUAAACAUUCCCCAUCAUUAUGCCUCGAUAACUAUACUAGUAUUGAAUUAUUUACAUGUAUAUGAAAGGUACUGAAUGUGUACUGUUUCCAGUUGGGAAAAUUAAUAUGUAUACAGACUUAUUUUUAAGUAUACAGGAUGUAAUUACUACAUGUUUUCGAAUUAUGUGUAAAUUAUGGUAUUCCUAAUGCAACAUGCAACUUUUGAAGAUCGGAGAUAUAUUUUGUAAGAGAUCUUGUAUGAGUAAAGAUGUAAUUAAUGCGAUUCAUAUCUGUGAUUGAUACUCUCAAUAAAUUAUAUUUUUAAAUAUCGA